AACAAUUCACGUAUGUUCGAGACCGAUCCAGUGUCAAGUUGUUCUCGACGGUUCGUACCUCCCCGUACGGCAGUGCUAAAAAUCUCACCUGCGCCGCCAUUUUAGCAAAGUUUGUUCCUCGUUUUCAGCGAAGUCGACUGUGGAAAAUCGCUCGUGCAGCCCUAGCGCAACAAAGCGGAAAGGAAAAAGGAGAAGAAAAGAGCAACUCAUCAGCGAGCCACCAUCAUCACCGAGGCAAAGUACGUUCUCCGCGAGUGAAAAAGGAAAACCCCCAGAAAAGGUACCGUGUGCGCGAAUCAAUAAUGGUGAAGGAGACGGGAUUUUACGAUGUGCUCGGCGUAAAGCCUGGCUGCUCCCCGGAGGACCUGAAGAAGGCGUACAGAAAGCUCGCGAUGAAGUACCAUCCGGACAAAAACCCGAACGAGGGCGAGCGCUUCAAGGCGAUCUCGAUGGCGUACGAGGUGCUGUCCGAUCCGGAAAAGAAAGCGAUCUACGACGAAGGCGGCGAGGCGGCCAUCAAGCAGGGCGGUGCGGGUGGGGGCGGCUUCCACAGCCCGAUGGACAUCUUCGACAUGCUGAUCAACGGCGGAAUGGGCGGCGGGCGGAGGGAGCAGCGCGGUCGCGACCUGGUGCACCGGCUGACCGUGACGCUGGAGGAGCUGUACAGUGGCGCGACCCGGAAGUUGUCCCUGCAAAAGAGCGUUAUCUGUGAUGGGUGCGACGGCAUCGGCGGCAAGCGGGGUACCGUGCACAAGUGCGUCCCCUGCAACGGUACGGGCAUACUGACGAAGGUCCACCACAUCAUGCCCGGCUUCAUGCAGCAGAACAAAGUGCCGUGCCGCGCCUGCCAGGGGCAGGGCGAGGUGUUCGACGAGAAGCACAAGUGCAAAAAGUGCGACGGCCAGAAGAAGGUGCGCGACAAGAAGAUACUGGACGUGCACAUCGAGAAGGGUAUGCGCGACGGGCAGAAGAUCGUCUUCAGCGGCGAGGGCGACCAGGAGCCGGGCCUGCAGCCGGGCGACAUUGUGAUAGCGCUGGAGGAGAGACCGCAUCCGGUGUUCAAGCGCUCCGGCAAGGAUCUGAUGAUGGAGAUGCGGCUCGAGCUGUCCGAGGCGCUGUGCGGCUUCCAGAAGGUCAUUACCACGCUCGACAAGCGCAGCCUCGUCAUCACGUCGAUGCCGGGCGAGGUGAUCAAGCAUUCCGCGUUCAAGUGCAUCAUGGACGAGGGCAUGCCGCAGUGGAAGAACCCGUUCGAGAAGGGGCGGCUCAUCAUGCAGUUCCGCGUGGUGUUCCCGGACUCGCUGCCGGGCGAGGCGGCCAAGCUGCUGGAACAGUACCUGCCCCCGAAGCCGGCCGAGGAGAUCCCGCAGGACGUGGAGAUGGUCGAGCUGGUCGAGCUGGAUCCGGAGCAGGAGUCCCGCAACCAGUACAAGAACGCGUACGAGGAGGACGAGGAGGACGGUGGCACCCCGGGCGUGCGGAUUCAGCAGUGCGCGACCAGCUAAAUGCGCUGCCCCGCCCGCUCCAAGGACACCAUCCUUCCUUUUUCCCCCUCCCUUCCCCGCAUCCAUCCAGCCUUCCUCACCGUUUUUUGACCAUUGUGGCGUGUAGCUGUUAGCAGCUGGUGACGUGUGCAAAUGGCAUCAUUGACGGCGCGCGCUCUUUCCUGUCCCGUUUCAAAUCGCUGCUCUGGCGCCGUGUGUUUUUUCCGGCAAAACCACCACCACCUCCACCACCAACCUUCUUCACUCCUCAACAUCAACAACAAGCACACGCGGGCGUCCCAGCGACGCAGUUUACGGAAGACGAGGAAAGAGAGAGCACGAGCGACUGUGGUACAGUAGGGAGCGCAGCAAGCUGUGUGGAGCAAAAUAGGAAACAAAUUGUCAGCUUACUGUCCAGCAAGGGGAGAGCAGCUGUAAAACCACGACUACACAAACCAAGGCAAGACAAGCAGCGCAGACAGAGUGGAACAAAAAUUAUACCAACGGUACAGAACAACUUGAGAGGGAAAGGGGGGAAGGGGGGGGGGACAAAUAGCGCAACCUACGGGUGCGUACGCGCGCGCACGUAUUCCCCUUUUUUCGCGGAAUGAAGCAUAAUAAAUUAUUAGCACAUCAAUCUGGAUUAAAGGUUAAACACACAAACAAGAGACACUACCGGAAGGCUGAAAACUCUCAACCCAAAAGAAACGAAACAAAAAACCCCCCGACUCCGUUGUGCAAAUUCACUUACUCUGCAAAGCAAAUGAGAACAACCCUUAUUACUCCCCUCCCCGAGAGAA